AUGUGUGAAACCAAUAGCGCCCAUGUUGGAAUGACUAUCGAUUUCCAUAGUGACUUUCAUAAUUAUGGUGACUGUAUUAUCGAUGAUACAAAAGCUACGACAAGUGGCGCCCUGACUUUCUUCAGUGAUACUUGGGAAAACUACGGGAAUCUGUGGUUUUCUGGAAAGCUUACUCCUAUUCGUCCUUCCACGCCUUUAAAAAUCUCGAGCAAAGAUAUAGAUAAUAGUGGACUCAUAUCAGUAACACAGAGUAGUAGUGGUGGUGAUGCUACCUUCUAUUUUGGAUCUUCGUCGUCUUCAAGUUUAAAAAACAGUGGAACUAUUUGUGCGAAUAACGUUACAGUUUAUCCAGAGAAUACCAUACAAGGAAAUGGUUGUAUCACGCUUAAUAGCAAGGCUACACUACAUCUAGCUGAUAUCAAAUCACAUUCUUUGGCAAAUCAAGUAAUAUACAUGAGCUCCUCCACAGCUAAAAUAUACGUUACACAUCAGGCUGCGACUGCUAGUUUAACUGUCCGAGGCUUUGGUGGUGGGAACACCAUUGGGCUGAGUACAGGCAUCACGUCAUAUACAUAUUCUACGUCUACUGGUAUUCUACAGCUUAAAUCAACACCACUACUCUCUAGCACAUUCACUAUUAAUAUAGACACUGGUACAGGAUACGAUAUGAAUCACUUUUCAACAUCUUCCAGUGACACACUUUUAGGUAAAAAAUAA